AUGAGGGGGCUUGCGAAAGCUUCCACGUUCUUCCUCGAAGUUCUCUCGAAGCAUUCAUCAAGGCACCUUGCAAAUUUUGCCCAGCAAUUGAAGACAUUGGUCGAGGAGCACCCGCGUUUAAAUCAGUUCUCUGCUGAGCGUGAUUUUUCUGUCAAAUCGUGGAAGUGGCGCGACCAAAUAAAGGCUCUACAACUAGAGCUUGCCACAGUCCCAGAUGAAGAACGCCAAGACGAGUUCGAAAACUGGUGGGAUCGCUUCAGUGGCAUCGUCGGAGUGCUAGCGGGCCACGUCGAUAUGUCGAUCAAAGUCUGCAGAGAAGUGGGUGCCGAUUGGAGGGAAAUGUGUGCCCUGUGGUGCAUCUACGUGAACCCAACACUUCGCAGGUUGGAUUUCACGUACGUCUUCAGUGACAGACGCAUCGCCACCACAAUACUUGACGAGAUGCCCGCAGACCCCACCAACUCUGAGGAUCUAAUUCACUCGGCCCUUUUUCUAUGCGACGGGAAGGAGGCAAUUUCCGAAGCUUUGCGAAUGGAUGUUUGGCUUGCGGUACAUCUGGCUGACAUGCUGGAGCCGCUGGACAUCAUAGACAAAGAACAGGACGAUGCUGGACUUACUUUACGAGAUCAUUGCGUGCUGGCCUACGUCGACUAUAUGCGUUCGGACCCGACUCUCUGGCGGCAUAUUGUUGACUACCUAUAUACCUGCGGCGGCAUUGGCGAGGGAAUGGCUGAUGAGAUGUUGAUGCGCGUGCCGCUAAGGCUACAACCACCGCGUGGCGGAACGGCCACCGAGGAGGAAAGUGCAAGAAUCCGUGCGGGAACUCUUGCGGGCGUAUUGAAGGAGGUGAGCGCAGCAUGCGCUGAGCACGGGCGGGAGGCAACACGGAGGGCGAUAUGUCGCAUCGCGGCGCAGACGUUCAUGCAAGAGAAAGAUUACGCGCUCGCGGUGUCAUAUUAUGCGUCGGCUGAAGACUGGCCGGGCCUGGGUCGUGCAGUCAACCGUAUAUUGGACGAAUAUGUCGCGUCAGGCAAGGAGAGAUUCGGGAGUCUGGUUGCGAGGAUUGCUCCUUCACUACAAGCUCUCCGCGCAAAUGAUAGCGCCAAUGCGGUGUUCGUCUAUCGACUGAUGUUCGCAGUGCGGUUCGCACAAUUUCACCAGAACUACGCGAGAGGAUCGCUAAAGGCUGCGGCCAACGAUGUGGUCUCGAUGUUCCGGGAGGACCUCGUGCCGAAGUCGUGGUGGGCUGUGGUGCUCUCGGACGCUAUUGAUUUGUUGAUGAAUCUUGAUCUGAUGUUGUUCACAUCGGAAGAUGCAACUAUGUUGCUCCACAGGCUGGAGGAGAUCACCAUACGGUCCGCGCAAGGCUUCAGCGAUGACUAUCUAUCUGUGCUCGCGAAAGCGAUCAAGAAGAACAGCGGGGAGCUACACGCACUGCAACGAUUGCAGGUCGUGCAGUUGGCACUGACGAGAUAUCACGCGCGAUGCGCAACAAUGAGGGUUGGAGGGAAGACAAUCAUGACUGCCUUUCCCUAG